CUGCAGUUCACUCAGCCCACCAUGCUUUACUGAGGAGGACCGAUUCAGCCUAGAAGCUCUCCGCAUGAUCCAUAAGCAAAUGGAUGAUGACAAAGAUGGUGGUAUUGAAGUAGAUGAAAGUGAUGAGUUUCUAAGGGAAGAUAUGCAAUACAAGGAUGCCUCUAAUAAACAUAGUCACCUGCACAGAGAAGACAAACACAUCACCAUUGAGGAUCUGUGGAAACGCUGGAAAACCUCUGAAGUUCAUAACUGGACUCAAGAGGACACCCUUCAGUGGCUGUCAGAAUUUGUUGAACUGCCCCAAUACGAAAAGAAUUUUAGAGACAGCAAUGUCAAUGGAACAACACUUCCCAGGAUAGCAGUAAAUGAACAUGCUUUCAUGAUCUCUCACUUGAAAAUAAUUGACCGGAGCCAUAGACAGAAGCUUCAGCUUAAAGCCUUGGAUGUUGUUUUAUUUGGGCCUCUCACACGUCCCCCUCACAACUGGAUGAAGGAUUUUAUAUUAACGGUUUCUAUAGUUAUUGGUUUUGGAGGCUGCUGGUUUGCCUAUACACAGAACAGAACCUCAAGAGAACAUAUCACAAAAAUGAUGAAGGACUUAGAAAGUCUCCAAACAGCAGAGCAAAGUCUUCUUGACUUGCAGGAAAGGCUUGAGAAGGCACAAGAAGAGAAUAGAAAUGUUGCUGUGGAAAAGCAAAAUCUGGAGCGCAAAAUGAUGGAUGAGAUCAAUGAUGCAAAACGAGAAGCUCAUCGCCUAAGGGAGUUGAGGGAGGGAGCUGAAUGUGAGCUCAGCAGGCUCAAAUAUGCAGAGGAAGAGCUAGUACAGGUUCGCAUGGCUUUAAAAAAGGCUGAGAAAGAGUUUGAGCUGAGAAGUAAUUGGUCUGUUCCCGAAGCUUUGCAGAAGUGGCUUCAGUUAACACAUGAAGUUGAAGUACAAUAUUACAAUAUCAAAAGACAGCAUGCAGAAAUGCAAUUAGCGAUCGCCAAAGAUGAGGCAGAAAAGAUAAAAAAGAAGAGAAGCACUGUAUUUGGAACAUUACAUGUUGCACACAGCUCCUCCCUGGAUGAAGUGGACCAUAAAAUCCUUGAAGCAAAGAAAGCACUCUCUGAGUUGACGACAUGUUUGCGAGAGCGUCUUUAUCGAUGGCAACAGAUUGAGAAGAUUUGUGGUUUUCAAAUAGCACACAAUUCUGGGCUACCAAGCUUGACCUCCUCUCUCUACUCUGAUCACAGCUGGGUAGUUAUGCCUCGAGUUUCCAUUCCUCCUUACCCGAUUGCAGGGGGAGUUGAUGACUUAGAUGAAGAUACUCCUCCAAUAGUUUCACAGUUUCAUGGGUCCAUUGUAAAACCUCCCAGCACACUGGCAAGAAGCAGUAGCUUGUGUCGAUCGAGACGCAGUGUUGUGCCAUCAUCUCCACAGUCUCAGCAUGCUUUGCACUCCCCUGACCCUGACAUCCUUUCUGUGUCAAGCUGCCCAGCUCUUUAUCGAACUGAAGAUGAGGAGGAAGCCAUUUACUUCUCUGCCGAUAAACAAUGGGAGGUACAGGAAACAGGUUCGGAAUGUGACUCCUUAAAUUCAUCCACUGGAAGGAAGCAGUCUCCUCCGGCAAGUCUUGAGAUGUACCAGACACUUUCUCCUCAGAAAGUAUCCCCGGAAGAGUUCUCACUGGAGGAAUCGUCUACAGGGGACUCCUCUUCCCUAACUGCAGAUAUUUCUAGGGGCUCUCCUGACUGUGUAGGCAUGGCAGAAACUAAGAGCAUGAUCUUUAGUCCUGCAAGCAAAGUUUAUAACGGAAUCCUGGAGAAGUCCUGCAGCAUGAACCAGCUUUCAACUGGGAUCCCAGUCCCAAAGCCUCGGCACACCUCAUGUUCUUCAGCCAGCAGUGAUAGUAAACCCAGCCAUGAAGCUGCUUCUGUCCCUAGGAUAAGUAGCAUCCCACAGGACCUGUACCAAAAUGGCGAAAAAAACAAAAAGCCAUCAAAAAUAAAAAGCCUCUUUAAGAAAAAGUGUAAGUGAGGUGGGCAGAAGAAACCUGUAGUAAUGUUAUAAGAACUCUAUUUUUUACAUCUUUAGGAAUGUAAUUCCAUUUGAGCAUUCCAGACUGGAUGCCCUAAUGGGAUGCUCUGUAGGUCAACUAUAUUUAACUGACUGUACUGUCAAAGGUCAUGCCAGCUGUCAAUGAGAAAUCAUUAAAAAGUUCAGACAGUUUACAUCCAUUUCUGCCUAUUUAUUUCUUUUUUUUUUUAGUUUGUCUUUUUUUAGUGUUUUGGUUUUUUUAAUUUUAUUUUGUUGGGUUGGUUUUUUUUUUUAGUUUAUUCAUAAACCAUUUUUAAGCCACUUUGGACUUCUAAGCUUUAAUGGACUAGUAAGCCUCCCUGGGCUUGCCAAAGUUUCUUGUUUACUGGAGCAUCUUCUUAUCUUUCCGUAGAGCUAGGACAUUUACCUACUGGACUUUAAAAAAACUGAAAGAAGUAGAACUAAUUGAAUUGCACUACUGUUUUACAGACUGGAAAAGUCUCUCUGCAAGUGAAACUGAAAGACUUGUAUUUGACUGAGAAGAAGAAUCUUUUCACUUUUAGAUCUUUCGGGGUUUUUAAGUAGAACUUAGGAUUUCUAAUUGACUUGAUUCCUGGAAAUGGAAAUGCCAUGCUUUUAUUAUGGGAAGCUUUGUUAGAUGCAUUUAUUAUUAGAAUGGUUCAAGUCCUGCUGUAAAGAUCAUGUUUUUCCCAGGACAUUCACUGUGAUUUUACUUCACUGCAGGCUGUAUGACAAAAACAAACAAAAAAAAAAAAAAAAGGAAAAGGAAAAAGUAAUUUAACAAGAGAAGAGGCUCUUGAUUCCUUAUGCAAGUGAUGGAUAUGAAACUUGAUUGAGAACUGAAAAUAUUCGCCCUCUUAAAGUGAGGAGGGGGAUAGUAGCUUUUGUUUACAGAUUGAUGGACAAUGGACACUUGGCUUGUGAAAGUUUGUACUGUGGUAAAGAUAAUAAAUUGGAAACAUUAUUGUGCUUGGGAAUGUUCCAAUUUUAGCUGAUGCUUGUUUCAGAGGUCCUGUUAAUUGAAAGCUGUUGUAGGCUACAUUGCUUAUGCUUACUGCUGUGUAUAAGUUAUAUUUUUUGGAUUAGCUAUUAAUGUCUUAAUGUCCUCCUUUUGUAAGAUUUCAUACACUUUAUUUUUGUAUAGUUUGAAGAUUUAGCUGUUCAGACAUGUCUGAAGUAAAUGGUAUAAUUUUAUAAUGCAUACUGUUAUACUAACUCAUAAUUUUAGAUAUAAAGAUAGAUAUAAAGGUGAGAGUCGACAUGCUUCAGAUAAAAGCAAUUUUUAUGUUAAGCUUUUAUAGGGAGAGAUGAAAUUGCUACGAGGUAAUAAGGAAGCCUUCUUAGGGCAAGAGUAGCUAGUUGUUCAAAACCAUCUUUUUAGUUUUUUUAACAGUUGGAGACAAGAAAUGUACUGCUUGAGCAACAGUGCCUUUUAUUCAGUUUGUCUGAAAAUAUUAAUACUGAGCAGGAAUUUGUUUUGAGGUACAUUCCAAAGAAAUACUUCUUGCUCUAGUGAACACAAGCAAUUAAUUUACCCAGUGAUGACUAAAUAGUUUCAGCUCUUCCAUAGGGGCAUUCUAGUUGCCUCAGUAACAGGUGCCGCUGCCAGGGACCGGUGAUUAGGGGCUCACUUCUUGCCAAUAUGUACAUGCUGUACUGUAUGAAAGAAUUAAAUCACUGACUGCCUAAAUUUUUUUCCAGUAUGGAGCCUUCAAAACCUGUAGCUAAUUGAAAUCAAGUAAUACAUGUCUUUUCUAUCACUUUCUAAUUAGGUUCCACUGCACAUAACUGAUGUGCUAGUUCUGUCCUCAGGAAGCGAUGGUCAUGUUAACAGAGGCAUUUACUGUGGCUAGUGAAACUGUUAGAAGAGGAGGGUUAAGAAGUGGGAUGGAGACCUUAAAAGUCCUGGUACAUUGAUUAAUUCCUUAAGAGAACAGAAGGAAUCCAGAGUUUUACUGUCUAACAAAGAAUGAUUGUAUAUCACCCAUACAGAAAACCAUAGGAAUCAACUGUUUGGUAAAGUUUGGAGACGAGAAAAAUUGGUGGAACAGAAAAUAAUGAGAGCAAGCUACUGUUCCAUUAUUCUCUGAAUCAUCAGAUUGAACAGCUAUAGCUUCAAAAAAGUCAUCACAAGGUAACAAUGGUCUCGUUGAACAAAGGUUGUACACUCUGUUCAUGGUAGACAAAAAAAGCAGUGAUGCAAAAAGACUUGUGCCUGAGAAACCAGCUCAGUGUUGAGCCUUCAGAGUUGUAGUUAAAAGCCUGAUGAAGUACUUGAACAUGUACAAAGGGAAAAACCAGAGAAAAGUAGGGAACUUAUUUUGCCUCCUAAACAGCAUGGAGAAGACUACUACCAGAAAAAUGUUCAAUUUUUGAUGUCUGUGCUUGAGAAGGCUAUAGCAAUAAUUGAGUUUAAAGGAAGGUCUGGAUAGUAGAUCUUGCAGUGUGAUGUUUGAGAAACUCUGUAUCUGUCAUUACCAAAGAAGAUGAAGUGGCAUAUUGAUACUGGAGAGUAAAUAUUUACACAUGGAAAAAAACAUCUGGUACUGAGGAGUGGGAGGACAGCACUUCUUAAUUCUGACAUCAAAGUCAGGCAAACUCAAAUACCGAGAAGCCAAAAGGGACAAAUUCGGUUUUCUGUAGUAAGUAUACCUAAAAAUUAAAAUAGAGGAGGUGUUGAAUGCUUCAUUGGCUGUGAGUUUAAGUGUUAAGUAUCUUUUUAAAAUACACAAUUUAACUGUCUUCUGGAAAAAAAUGUUAUGGUGUUGUACAAACAAAUGGGAUGAGAUUAUCAUAGUGAUAGAUUUUGGCUUCAAAAUGGCAAACCUUUGGAGCACAGACUGCUCUCAACACUCAGUUUAUCACCAGCUGUCCUGUAACUUUAUAGCUGCUACUUAAUAAAUGUUAUAGAACUAAAAGCUUAAGUUAAUAUGAUCAGAAGUAGUGAGUAUUGAAUGUUGGAGCACAAACUGUAAUUUUAAGUUCAUAGAGUUGGGGUUUUUUUAAUUCUUUUAAUAGACGCCUUGCAUAUCUUGCCACCUAAAUUUGCCCACAGUCUAAGUGACUUGCAUUGCUCCUACUAUGGUUACUGUAGAAAUGCUUACCUUCAAACUAUUAGCAUCCUUUUGCUAAGAUACAUUGAGAGCAUGGACUCUAAGGUGGAUCCUCACUGGCAAACAUCAAAUCCAGUCAUAAUGUUGAAGUACCUGGCAUACUUCUGACAUCUCAGAAGUGAGACAAUGUGCUUUAAAAGGUCCUCUGUUUUUCCUCCAUUUGCUUAACGGUGUAACUUGAACUGGCUGGCAGUCAGUGAGUCCAGCCAGCAUUCCAGUCAUUAGGAUUUUUGUAAGACAUGUCAGUCAUUCAAGACAAUCAUCCAGUGUCAUCAUCCUUAAAUGGCUGAGGACUUUCUAAGCUCUAAACUCAGAAUGGUUGUGAUUAGAGGUG